GUUCCCUCUGUGUUUACUUCCUGUUCUGUGUGCACCCCAGGGUCCCCCGGGCUGCCCGGCUCUCCUGGACUCAGGGGCCCGGCAGGAGACUCUAACGUCGGGCCCUCGGGACCCAUCGGCUUCCCGGGGCGACCGGGCUCUCAGGGACCAAAGGGGGUCCCCGGCUCCCCCGGCAGCGACGGACUACCAGGACUCCUGGGUCUGUCUGGGGGACCCGGACCAGCGGGCCAGAAGGGACAGGACGGGGUCCCGGGACCCGCCGGCCUUCGGGGGCCCUCACCUGACCUCUGUGAUGCAGGAAAACCUGGAUCCAUGGGCCGGUCCGGUCCCCAGGGACACAGAGGACCCCCAGGUUGUGGGGGGCAGAAGGGCUCGGUGGGGGAGGAGGGUCCUGUAGGUUUUGGCCCCCAAGGUGUCGGAGGGCAACCGGGCUCUCCAGGGUUGCCAGGUUGCCAUGGUAACCAGGGCCCCCCAGGGCCCGAUGGAGACUCAGGAGUGCCGGGGCCCGAUGGGCAGAAAGGUCUGAUGGGGCCCCGGGGCCGGGCCGGGGUGCCAGGAGUCCCCGGAUGGACCGGGUCCCUCGGAGACCCGGGGAGGAAGGGGGAUCAGGGGCUCAGCGGGGGGGACGGAGAUCCAGGAUGUAAUGGACCCAAAGGAGAGAAAGGUAAACACCAGGGUCAUAAACAAAUAAUAAUACAUUUAAUCUUGCGGAUCUUUCCCUCUCCAUCUCCAGGAAAUAAAGGUGUGCCAGGAGUUGCCGGGAAGCCGGGCCCCCCAGGCGUCGGGGGCCCCCCAGGUAGCGUAGGACUCCAAGGACCCCCAGGGCCCUGCGGCCAACCGGGACCCCCAGGACCCCCUGGAUGUACAGGACCACCAGGAUUCAUCGGCUUCCCUGGGGAGACCGGAGACCCAGGUGACCUGGGAUGUCCGGGGAAGGAUGGAGAACCCGGUCCCCAAGGAUGUGUUGGAUCCAAAGGUGAUAAAGGAGACUCGGUUGGUUGUUCUGGUCCACCUGGAGACAUUGGGCCUCCUGGAGACAUGGGGCUCAAAGGACCUCCGGGACCUCACGGAGACCCUGGAGAACCUGGUUUUACUGGCAGUCCAGGACAGAGAGGGUGCAAAGGAGAUCCAGGCGACCAGGGGGACCUGGGCGACCCAGGUGUUGUUGGCCCCUCUGGUCCCAGGGGGUGUUGGGGGUCCCCUGGUCUUCCUGGUGAAUCGGGUGCUGACGGUCCUCCCGGCCAACAGGGCUGCACAGGACUGCCAGGUCCCCCGGGACCGCUGGGACUUCAUGGACUGGAUGGACUGAAAGGAGUGAAGGGGGACAUGGGGACCAGAGGUCUGGGGAAGUUGGGUCCUCCAGGGUCUCAGGGCCUCCCUGGGAUCAAAGGACCCCCGGGUCCUCCAGGACCCGCUGGUGUAUCCCAGCCCGGCCCCCCAGGACCAAGAGGGCCCACGGGGGCCAAAGGACCACCAGGGCCUCUUGGACUUCCGGGCAACCAUGGACAAGACUGUAAAUGUCCAGUUCCCGGUCCCCGUGGAGAUCCUGGAAGUACCGGAGCAGAUGGAGAGCCAGGGUGUGCUGGGGACAUGGGCGAUCCCGGUCUGAACCCUCCGGUGCCGGGAGACGACGGGGACAACGGGGACAAGGGGAGCCGAGGGCCGGCGGGUCCGAAGGGAUCCCAGGGGCCCGAAGGACCGCCAGGCCUUCCUGGUGGUCCAGGACUGAAAGGUCUGAAGGGGUCUGCAGGUCUGAUGGGUCUACCUGGGAAUAAGGGUCCUGGAGGUUUGACUGGUACCGGUGGGCCUCCCGGACCAAAGGGAUCCCCUGGACUUGUGGGUCCAAAGGGAGAGAAGGGAAGCGUGACCUGCCCACCUUACCACCCGGGGCCACAGGGCCCCCCAGGACCCUCCGGCCCCCUCGGUGAGGACGGAGAUCCUGGCAUCCAGGGAGAAAAAGGCCGGACGGGACCCAAAGGUGAGAAUCACCCACCUGUCCCCUUAACCCUCAUGUGUCGCUGCGCUCGCGGCUAUUUCGGGUCUUUCGGCUCUCUCAACUUUCUCGGUGAUCCUGGUCCAAUCGGUGAACGCGGCCUUUCCGGACCAUCCAAAAACUUGAACUCGGGCUUCCUGUUGGUGAUGCACAGCCAAUCAAAGGCGGUCCCCUCCUGUCCCCUGAACAUGAGGGUCCUGUGGACCGGGUUCAGCCUGCUGUACCUGGAGGGGCAGGAGAAGGCCCACACUCAGGACCUGGGCCAGGCGGGGUCCUGCAUGCGGGUCUUCUCCACCAUGCCCUUCUCCUCCUGCAACAUGGCAGCCUGCUCCUACGCCAGCCGCAACGACAAAUCCUAUUGGCUGUCCACGACGGCGGCGGUCCCCAGCCUGCCCGUGGGGGGGGCCUCCAUCGCGGACCACAUCAGCCGCUGCGUGGUCUGUGAAGCCCCCUCCGCCCCCAUCGCCCUGCACAGCCAGACCUCCGCCCGGCCCAACUGCCCCCCCCGCUGGACGAGCCUCUGGACCGGAUACUCCUUCCUCAUGCACACGGGCGCCGGGGACGAGGGGGGGGGCCAGUCCCUGACCUCGUCCGGCAGCUGCCUGGUGGACUUCCGGGCCCAGCCCUUUGUGGAGUGCCAGGGUCCGCGGGGCACCUGCCACUACUUCGCCAACAUCUACAGCUUCUGGCUGACCCGCGUGGACACGCCCACCGCCGCCGUUGCCAGGGGCGACGACGGCGGCUCGGCGGCGUCCUCCAUCACGCUGACGGAGGGCCGGCAGCAGAGGGACAGCAUCGGCAGGUGCAGCGUCUGCAUGAGGGAGUGAGGACGAGACGGACCGGACGCUUCUGGGUGUCUCUGCGAGGACACUCUGUCAUCAACACUGCCAACCAAUCAC